CGAAGAGAAGCUCGAGCAGUUGGAGCUUGCAUGCGGCAAGUGGAUGGACAUUUUGUCUACCCAUUGGGAAGCAUCCACCGUGGGAAAGCAAAUCUGCCAGGAUCUUCGUUCGGACCCCAGUGGCGGUGAAGCAGUUGAAACUCUCAAAGCAUGUUUUGGGACAAAGAGCCCCAGCACUUUGUUGAAACGAGCUGCAACAUUGCGUAAGUACCUGGUGUGGCAUUACAAUGAGUUCAAUAGCAGAGGAGUGUAUGUGCAUGCUUUCCCGUUGGUGGAGUCUGACGUUUGGAGCUUCUUCAAGUGGUUGAGAGUUGAGCGACAACAGAAGUCGAGAGGUUUCACAACGACCUCAACUUUUCUUGAGACCGUUAGGUUUUGUAAGUUCACAGUCGGACUUCAAGGAUGCGACGAGGUCCUAGGCUCAGGACGGCUGCUGGGAUUUGCUGCAGUGGAACGGCGAGAGAAAGGCCCUUCUUCCCAGGCCCCGAUUCUUGAACUUGUUCAUUUGAAGAAACUUCAUGAAAUUCUUUCUUUGGGAAGCGACCUCAUUGACCGUUUGGGUGCUGGCGCCAUGUUAGUCUGCAUCUAUGGCAGAGCUCGCUGGUCCGACUUGCGAUACAUUGACCACGUUGAUGUUGAGGCUCGGCGCAACAAGACAUCCGCUGUUGGGAUACGUCGUGAACAGUAUCUACCGCUCGUCAUCCCUUGGGAAGGUGUGGUCAGUGAUGAUUGGAUCGAGGUCUUGUUGAAGGUCUACCAGGAAGCUGGUUUAGAUAUGACCAAGGUUCCUCUCGGGCCCUUUCUUCCUGCUCCAAAAAUAGGAGGAGGCUUCUGCGCGAGGCCGUUGAGCACCCAAGAAGCAGCUCGGUGGUUGCGCCUUCUUCUUUCAGGGACGCCAGGUUCAGAGAAGAUUCGUUGCCAUUCGCUGAAAGCUACACUAUUGAAUUGGUGUGCAAAGGCUGGCUUAGACAAAGAGGUUCGUGCAGUGCUUGGCCAUCAUAGCACUGCAUUGCAUGGUAGUGACAUUGUAUAUUUACGUGAGCUUCAAGUCAGGCCGCUCAGGAAGUUGCAGAUGUUGCUCAAAAGCAUCCGCAUUGGCUUGAACCUUGAGGACAUCGCAUCACAAGGAACUCUGUUGGCUGCAACCCCAGGUGCGACCACUCCGAGGCCUAACGUGUUCACACCUCCUCUUCCAGUGCCUGCAAGAGGUGACCAAGUUCAUAAACCUGCAGAGGAGCAAGUUGUUGAACAGGCGGUUGAGCUUGUAAACGUUGAAGAAGAAAACGAAAGCAUAAAAGAAGAGAUUGAAAACAUCACAAAUCUUGAAGCUUUUGCCUGCGACUUGAGCCUUUUUGGUGAAGAAGCUGUUCGACAAGGUUCUGUGUACUACAAGCACGUGAAGACCUCAAGGGUCCAUCAUGUGCGUGUUGGCAAAGAGGCCACAAACUGUGGUAAGAAGCUGAAUGAGAACUUUAAGGAGCUUGAGCCGGUCAUUUACAUAAGGCUUCCAAAAUGCCUGAUUUGUUUCCCAAGUGCCGAAGGGCGAGUUAGGACGCGUGAAGACGCCAUAGCUCGAUUCGACGCAGCUCUGAAGAGGGCGCGUGUUUGACUCGUGACCAAAGUGGUCAAAAACAGCUUG